AGGUUUCAAUUUUUAUGACAGUUGCUAGUGGAUGAAAUCAGCAGGAACCUUUUGGAGAGAAGUAAGCUAGGCAGAGAUGUCAGCACAGGCAGGUUAGUAAGGGAAGACCUGUAUCAGCCUGAUCUGGACUGUGAGUGGUGGUGCAGUGAUGGAUCUGGGCACCAGCAGAAGUGUCUGGAUGUUUGUGGUGGGUCUCUUGGGACUCCCUGGCUUGGUUGAAGCUGGGUGUUUGGAGGCUAGAAAGUGCUGUAAAGGUAGAGAUUUGACAUGUGUCAGCCAGGGCUGGAGGAUGGACCGGACCCAUGGGACGUGUUACUGUGACCAGCUGUGCCAGUCUGCCAUGGAUUGCUGUUAUGACUAUCUGCAAGCAUGCCCAGCUAUUGCAUGCAUUGUUGGUGAAUGGAGCCAUUGGAGUGGCUGUGCAAAUCAGUGUACCCCAACUUUCAGAGUGCGCAGACGUGAAGUGCUACAGGAGCCAGAAAAUGGUGGAGAGCCCUGCCCACAUCUGGAAGAAAAGGCUGGAUGUCUGGAAUAUCUCACAAAUCAAGGCAUUGAGUGUGGACAUUUACAUGUGCCUGCUUUUAUCACUGCUUUUGAGUACAACAAAGCCAGAAGGAAGCGUGCAUUGUCUCCAGACUGGGCUUCCCAUACAGAAGAUCCUGGAUAUUGUGUGGAGUUCCAGAUUGAAUCCUUGUCUCCAGCUUGUCUAACAGAGGACCGCCCACAUGCACGUUGGAUGCUCUACCUACGGGAAGGGUACACAGUAUGUGUUGCUUGCCAGCACCCUGCAAUGAAUAUUAGAAAUCAUCAAUGCUAUGGCGAUGGCAGUGAUGCCAAUAAAAAUCAGAUUCUUCACUGGCAAGCUGUGGGUAAUACCAGGUGUCAUGGUUCCUGGAAAAAAAUUAGACAAGCUGACAAGUGCUCAUGCCCCGUGGUGCACAGCUUUAUAUUUACGUAGCAUAGAGGACCUGUUCAAGUUUUUUGCCCUAUCUACAAUUUUAUGAAUAUUUUUAUUAUAAAUAAAAAAACAAACAAAUAAUGUCCACUACUGGUUAAAGCACUAACAGUUAAAAAUAUAUAUAUACUGCACAUAGGUCACAAUGCUCAAGAUACUAAUACUGGUCAUCCUUUCUGCUAUGGAAUUUUCACAAGCAGUGGCACAG